UUCCCCCACACAAAGAGUGAGGAAAGACCAAGCAAGAAGGGUAAGGGAAAAGGGGAGGGGGGCAUGAGGCACUGCUAUAACUGCCAGGCAGGACACAUCCAUAUCUCAGUCUGCCUCACAGAGAGAGAGAGCCAGUGGACAAUAUACAGCAAAUCUAAGCCAAAACCAACUACACUUCAGGAGCACAAGAAAUGUGAACAACGAUCAAUCAUUUUUAGAAUUUGAAAAAUUCUAGAACUUUUUGAACAAGGAAUUCCAAACAAAACUUGAAAAUAAAAGGAGUGCACGUUGUGUUAGACAAAGGCAUCAAAAAGAAGAGGACUACUGGAGUCACACCAUCGGAUCAGAAUGAGCAUGAAUGGCACACUGGAGAAGGGGGCUCAUCACCAGGCCCUCGACCUCUCUGAAGAGCUCCCAACCAACAGCCAUCAUCACCAUCACCAUCACAAUCACACCAGUCUCCAGCAUACAAACUCCUUGGCCUCCACUGUGCCAGCCGGGACCCCGGUAGGUGGGUCUGGAGUGGUUGUUCCGCCACCUUACUCCGCUGCGGAGGCUGCAGGAGGUGAAGCGCCGCUGGAGCUCCGGGGCUCUCUGGACUGCUGGGCGUGUUCGGUGCUGGUGACAGCGCAGAAUCUGGUGAUUGCAGCCAUCAAUGCCUGUCUGGCCGGGUUGGUUUUCGGGCUCAUCCUGACCCCUGCUAUUGUCAUGGUGGUGUUCGGGUUUAUCUGUCAUUCAACGGUGCGCCCACACGGUUCUUUACCAUACUGUUCGGAUCUACUCACUGAUGGCGGCUGUGUGGCUCUGCUGGUUGUGGGUUUCUUGCUAGUGACUCCACUCCUGGUUCUGGCCUUGGCUGCGUACUGCCGGCUUGCUCGUCACCUUCAGCUGGGUCUGUGUUUUAUUCCUUACAGCCGUGCCGUCUACAAAAACCUUCCAGCUACCCAGCACCGUGGCUUGACAGGGGGCUGCUGUGGACAGCGAUCUGGGAAAGGAGAAGGGAAGGGGAAGGUGUGGGUGUAGAGGGAAAGGACUAAACUUCUGCUGUACUGGAGAUACGGAAUGUUGUGAAAGAACACACUACACAUUAUAGACCAAAAUAUCCCCACAUAAAGAUAUUUAAAUCUGUACGACAAAGAGAAGAAAGGAAUUCCUGUUCACUGAUUUGCAUAUUUUAUAGACAGAUAUACUAUAUUCAUCAAUUUCUGAUGGUGUAUAUUUAAUGCAGCUGUUAUACAAAAUCAAUUUAAAUUAGUCAAUUUCAGUAUGUGACAUUUAUAAAAUAAUCAAAUUCAAGUAGUCAAAAAAAAAAAUAAAAA